AUGACCACCCACGUCACCCUGGAAGAUGCCCUGUCCAACGUGGACCUGCUGGAAGAGCUGCCCCUCCCUGAUCAGCAGCCAUGCAUCGAGCCCCCACCUUCCUCCAUCAUGUACCAGGCUAACUUUGACACAAACUUCGAGGACAGGAAUGCAUUUGUCACAGGCAUUGCAAGGUACAUUGAGCAGGCUACAGUGCACUCCAGCAUGAAUGAAAUGCUGGAGGAAGGGCACGAGUAUGCGGUCAUGCUAUACACCUGGCGCAGCUGCUCCCGGGCCAUCCCCCAGGUGAAAUGCAAUGAGCAGCCCAACCGAGUGGAGAUCUAUGAGAAGACGGUAGAAGUACUGGAGCCCGAGGUCACCAAGCUCAUGAAGUUCAUGUACUUUCAGCGCAAAGCCAUCGAGCGGUUCUGCAGUGAGGUGAAGCGAUUGUGUCAUGCCGAGCGGCGGAAGGACUUUGUCUCCGAGGCCUACCUCCUGACCCUGGGCAAGUUCAUCAACAUGUUUGCAGUCUUGGACGAGCUGAAGAACAUGAAGUGCAGUGUCAAGAACGACCACUCUGCCUACAAGAGGGCAGCACAGUUCCUGAGGAAGAUGGCUGACCCCCAGUCCAUCCAGGAGUCGCAGAACCUGUCCAUGUUCCUGGCCAACCACAACAGGAUUACCCAGUGUCUCCACCAGCAGCUGGAAGUGAUCCCAGGCUACGAGGAGCUGCUGGCAGACAUUGUCAACAUCUGCGUGGAUUACUACGAGAACAAGAUGUAUCUGACCCCCAGUGAGAAGCACAUGCUCCUCAAGGUAAUGGGUUUCGGCCUGUACCUGAUGGAUGGGAAUGUCAGUAACAUUUACAAAUUGGAUGCCAAGAAGAGAAUCAACCUCAGCAAAAUUGAUAAGUUCUUUAAGCAGCUGCAGGUGGUGCCCCUUUUCGGCGACAUGCAGAUAGAGCUGGCCAGAUACAUUAAGACCAGUGCUCACUAUGAAGAGAACAAGUCCAAGUGGACGUGCACCCAGAGCAGCAUCAGCCCCCAGUACAAUAUCUGCGAGCAGAUGGUUCAGAUCCGCGAUGACCACAUCCGCUUCAUCUCGGAACUCGCUCGCUACAGCAACAGUGAGGUGGUGACGGGCUCCGGGCUGGACAGCCAGAAGUCAGACGAGGAGUACCGCGAGCUCUUUGACCUGGCCUUGCGGGGCCUGCAGCUCUUGUCCAAGUGGAGCGCCCACGUCAUGGAGGUGUACUCCUGGAAGCUGGUCCACCCCACGGACAAGUUCUGCAACAAGGACUGCCCGGGCACAGCCGAGGAGUACGAGCGAGCCACGCGCUACAACUACACCAGUGAGGAGAAGUUCGCCUUCGUCGAGGUGAUCGCCAUGAUCAAAGGCCUUCAGGUGCUCAUGGGCAGGAUGGAGAGCGUCUUCAACCAGGCCAUCAGGAACACCAUCUACGCAGCCCUGCAGGACUUUGCCCAGGUGACCCUGCGCGAGCCCCUCAGGCAGGCAGUACGGAAGAAGAAGAAUGUCCUCAUCAGUGUUCUACAGGCGAUUCGGAAAACCAUCUGUGACUGGGAGGGGGGCCGUGAGCCCCCCAAUGACCCGUGCUUGAAAGGGGAGAAGGACCCCAAGGGUGGAUUUGACAUCAAGGUGCCGCGGCGAGCCGUGGGUCCCUCCAGCACACAGCUGUACAUGGUGCGGACCAUGCUUGAAUCACUCAUCGCGGACAAAAGCGGUUCCAAGAAGACCCUGCGGAGCAGCCUGGAUGGACCCAUCGUCCUGGCCAUCGAAGACUUCCACAAGCAGUCCUUCUUCUUCACACACCUGCUCAACAUCAGCGAAGCCCUGCAGCAGUGUUGCGACCUAUCCCAGCUCUGGUUCAGAGAAUUCUUCCUGGAGUUGACCAUGGGCCGGCGAAUCCAGUUCCCCAUCGAGAUGUCCAUGCCCUGGAUUCUAACGGACCAUAUCUUGGAAACCAAAGAACCUUCCAUGAUGGAGUAUGUCCUCUAUCCUUUGGAUCUGUACAACGACAGCGCCUACUAUGCUCUGACCAAGUUUAAAAAACAGUUCCUGUAUGAUGAGAUCGAAGCCGAGGUGAACCUGUGUUUUGAUCAGUUUGUCUACAAGCUGGCGGACCAGAUAUUUGCCUACUACAAAGCCAUGGCCGGCAGCGUCCUGUUGGAUAAACGUUUUAGGGCCGAAUGUAAGAAUUAUGGAGUCAUCAUUCCAUACCCACCAUCCAACCGCUAUGAAACUCUGUUGAAACAGAGACACGUCCAGCUGUUGGGUAGAUCCAUUGACUUGAACAGACUCAUUACCCAGCGCAUCUCUGCUGCCAUGUAUAAAUCCUUGGACCAGGCCAUCAGCCGCUUUGAGAGUGAGGACCUGACCUCAAUCGUGGAGCUGGAGUGGCUGCUGGAGAUCAACCGGCUCACACACCGGCUGCUGUGUAAACACAUGACCCUGGACAGCUUCGACGCCAUGUUUCGGGAGGCCAACCACAAUGUGUCCGCCCCCUACGGCCGAAUCACCCUGCACGUCUUCUGGGAGCUCAACUUCGACUUCCUCCCCAACUACUGCUAUAACGGCUCCACCAACCGUUUUGUCCGGACUGCCAUUCCUUUCACCCAAGAACCGCAGAGAGAUAAACCCGCCAACGUCCAGCCUUAUUACCUCUAUGGGUCCAAGCCUCUCAACAUCGCCUACAGCCACAUCUACAGUUCCUACAGGAACUUUGUGGGGCCCCCGCAUUUCAAGACCAUCUGCAGACUCCUCGGUUACCAGGGCAUUGCUGUGGUCAUGGAGGAACUGCUGAAGAUCGUCAAAAGCUUGCUCCAAGGGACCAUCCUCCAGUAUGUGAAAACGCUGAUCGAGGUCAUGCCCAAGAUAUGCCGCCUGCCCCGGCAUGAGUAUGGCUCCCCAGGGAUCCUGGAGUUCUUUCACCACCAACUGAAGGACAUCAUCGAAUACGCAGAGCUCAAGACCGACGUGUUCCAGAGCCUGAGGGAGGUGGGCAAUGCCAUCCUGUUCUGCUUGCUUAUCGAGCAAGCUCUGUCUCAGGAGGAAGUCUGUGAUUUGCUUCAUGCUGCACCCUUCCAAAACAUCUUGCCUAGAGUCUACAUCAAAGAGGGUGAGCGUCUGGAGGUCCGGAUGAAACGCCUGGAAGCCAAGUAUGCCCCACUUCACCUGGUCCCUCUGAUAGAGCGGCUGGGGACCCCUCAGCAAAUCGCCAUUGCUCGGGAGGGCGACCUGCUGACCAAGGAGCGACUAUGCUGCGGGCUAUCCAUGUUCGAGGUCAUCCUGACCCGCAUCCGGAGCUACCUGCAGGACCCUGUCUGGCGGGGCCCACCGCCAACCAAUGGCGUCAUGCAUGUGGACGAGUGCGUGGAAUUCCACCGGCUCUGGAGUGCCAUGCAGUUCGUCUACUGCAUCCCCGUGGGAACCAAUGAGUUCACAGCUGAGCAGUGUUUUGGAGACGGCUUGAAUUGGGCUGGCUGCUCCAUCAUCGUCCUGCUGGGCCAGCAGCGUCGCUUCGACCUGUUUGACUUCUGUUACCACCUGCUCAAAGUACAGAGGCAGGACGGGAAAGAUGAAAUCAUUAAGAAUGUGCCCCUGAAGAAGAUGGCAGACAGGAUCAGGAAAUACCAGAUCUUGAACAAUGAGGUUUUUGCCAUCCUGAACAAGUACAUGAAGUCUGUGGAGACAGACAGUUCCACCGUGGAGCAUGUGCGCUGCUUCCAGCCACCCAUCCACCAGUCUCUGGCCACCACCUGCUAG